AUGCACGCGGCCUGGAAGAUCUUGUGGAUUUUUACUUUGGUGCCAAGUUCAUCUGCCCGAGUGCCAGUGCCACGGGAAGGAAGGAUGGACAAAACGACACUUCAGGCGAUCAACGCAGUGCUGAAACCUGAAUCACGUGAUUUCUGUUCCUUCCUUCUAUUCGAAGAUCCCUUUACUGCCUCUGACUUCUCUUUGGAUGUGUCGCUUCUGUCCAAACAAUGGAGCGUAGAAAGGUUUGAAGUGACGGCUGAUAAUGAUAAUAUAACUCUGGAUAUGUCCUGGCCAAUUGCUGAAGCUCGAAAGGUGCGUAAUUCAUCGUACUGUACUAGAGUGGUCGUCCUGAGCGACGACCCCGCCUUCCUGGCCUCCUUCGCCGAGUCGUCGCUCCGGGGCCGCCUCCUGGUGUGGGCCACGAGGCUCCUGGUCGUCACCCGCCUGCCCCUUCAGGAGCUCCGCCGCCUCCUCGCUCUCUCCUGGACCUUCUCCAUGAUGAACGCCAUGGCGCUCCGUAUGGAGGACUCAUCAGGAUACCAAAGCUGUGGUGUGUACGCCCAUUUACCGUACAGUCCAGCUGGAGCGCAGGUGGUUCGCGUGGCUUCCUGGUCUGCUUGGAGAGGCUUGACUCUUGUCGGCGGACACAAGCUUUUCCCGCAAAAGUUCACGAACUUCCACGGUGCCACAGUGAACGUCACAGCUCUACCUUUCCGACCUUACUGGACCGAGAAGACGGAAGUGGCACCCAAUGGCACCGCUGUCACGACGUACACGGGAUCGGACGCCCUCAUGAUGCACGCCAUGGCACAGGCGCUCAACUUCACAUUCCACGUUCUUCCUUCUAAGGAUUGGAACGAGGUCGGGUUUCGAGUCAGAUGA